CUGUCGUUCAUUUCCCCUCGAGUUCUCUCUUUCUCUCACCGAGUCACUGACGCGCUUGUACGGACUCCGAUCCUUCCCGAGUCAGAGUUAAACGGAAACAACGCACAAUAGGACGAUGUCUCCCGCCAGCACCGCAGCUGACUCCGCCGUCUCCGGCGAGAUCAUGCUGUUCGGAGUUAGGGUCGUGGUUGAUUCGAUGAGGAAGAGCGUGAGUAUGAACAAUCUCUCACAGUACGAGCAUCCUCAAGACGCCAACAACAGCAACAAUAGCAGCAACAAAGACGUCGCCGCCGGUUACGCCUCCGCCGAUGACGCCGUUCCUAAUAACUCCGGCCGACAUCGCGAGCGCGAGCGUAAGCGAGGGGUUCCGUGGACGGAGGAAGAGCACAAGCUGUUCUUGGUGGGAUUGCAGCAAGUAGGAAAGGGAGAUUGGAGGGGAAUCUCCAAGAACUACGUGAAAACCCGAACACCAACACAGGUUGCUAGCCAUGCUCAAAAGUACUUUCUCCGGCGGAGUAACCUCAAUCGCCGUCGUCGUAGAUCCAGCCUCUUUGACAUCACCACCGACACGGUUUCUGUGAACCCAAUGGAGGAAGAACAGGCCCAGAAUCAAGACAGCGUGUCUCAUUCACAGCCUGUGUUCCCUGCAGUCCCUGAAACUAGCAAAAUCAAUGGAUUUCCAAUGAUGCCAGUAUAUCAGUUGGGUGUUGGUUCUGGAAUGAUCUCGGUCCAAUCUGACAAUAAAAUGGAAGAACUCACUCUGGGACAAGGAAACAUGGAACGCAAUGUGCCAACCAAGCUAGUCCGAGCAAUUCCUGGUGUUCCAGAUCCUAGAGCUUCCACAGUGUCUGAUAUCAAUGCUCCCAGUUCUAGUUCAGCUGUUGAGCCACCAACACUCUCCCUCGGGCUAUCCUUCUCAUCUGAUCAAAGGCAGACAUCAUCAAGACAUUCAGCUUUACAUGCAAUGCCGUGUUUCAACAAUGGGGAUAGCAUCAUUAGUGUUGCUUGAAAAAGAUGCCUCAUGAUUAUGGCCCAUAUCUGUAGUAUCUUGGAUUCACUGAUCACAUAUAUUUAUCUCUAGUCUCCUGUCUUUUUGGUGGGAGAAAGAGAAAAACCUUGAAGGAAAGGGCGAUGGAUUAGAGAAGGCAAAGUUUAAGUGACUGAAUUUGAUCCUUCUGUUCCUUGUACAGACCCGGGAAAGGUCCUCAUGUCCUGUUUCUUCUUGUUUGCUUAUGUUAAUUUUAUGACUUUAGAUUCAUGUUUAUCAGGCCGUUUAUCUUUGUAGUUUAUGUAACUGAAAUAACAAAGUACUUUCUGUUCUUUUGCUGAUAACGUAUGAGCUUUGGAUAUGGAUUGCACAGAUGAGUGGUUUGUGGCUCUUUUGGGGGAUAAUAUCAAGUGGGGUUAAAGGUUGGCAGUCUGUGUCAUUCCUGUUAGGUGGGUAGCAGACGCGCACGUUUUUCCUACAGAAUUUGCCUAUUUACGCCUACUCACUAAUUACGGUAGCUGUGAUAGUAUCAUAAUUGUUUCGAGCGAAUGGAUCAUCUUAUCUUAUAUAAUAUAAAUACAAGUCAUUUAUAAGUUUUUAU